GCCGGAACAUGUUGUGCACCUGAUAUAUAACGGCCUACAUAGACAAAAUCUGGACCAAAACUGAAUACAGUCUGUUUGAUUGAAUACAUACACAUAAAUUAGUGCGAGAUAUAACAUCGGAUUGAAAAAUGGAGGAACUUGACAAGAGUCAGUUGCAACUCCUGAAGAAUGCCUUCGAUGCGUUCGACCACGAAAAGAAAGGAGUUAUAAGCACAGACAUGAUUGGAACGAUCUUGGAAAUGUUGGGACAUGAACUCGACGAUGAUACUCUCAACGAGAUCAUUACUGAGGUUGAUUCUGAUGGAUCUGGUGAAUUGGAGUUUAGCGAGUUUUGUUCUUUGGCUUCCAAAUUUUUGACAGAAGAAGUGGACGACGAAGCUAUGGUACAAGAAUUAAAAGAAGCUUUUAGGUUAUAUGACAAAGAAGGCAACGGGUACAUUACAACAGACGUCCUGAAGGAGAUCUUUAAAGAGUUAGACAACACUAUCACGUCUGAGGAUUUAGAUACUAUGAUUGAAGAAAUUGACUCUGAUGGGUCGGGUACUGUUGACUUCGAUGAAUUCCUUGAGGUCAUGACUGGUGAAUAAAAAUAAAUAUAAUUUGAGAAAAUAGUCUUAAAUAUAAAUUGAUAUUUUAGAAAUAAUAUAGUGUAAAUAAACAAACGACCAAAAUAUAUUUUCGAGGACUUCGUGAGACAUCGAAUGUGCCGGGAUGGUAUAUUUUGAAGAUUAAUUAAUUUAGUUUUCUAAUUUAUAUAUAAAUUAUUAAAAUAAUUAAUUUAUAAAUUAUUAUUAGGUAUUAUAUAAAUAUUUAAGAGCAUCAUGAAUGUACAAACAACUGCGCGCAGUUGAUAUAUUUUUGUAUAAAAAAAAAAAAGGAAAAUAAAAUUGUUUAUAAAUGA